AAUUCACUUGCUGUCUAAACAGAUCUAGAUAUUAAUAUAAACUAUAUUUAAACAGGCUACAAAUAAUGGAACUUAAUGAGCGCAUGCAGGAAAAUAUUGCCGCUUCAUGGAAGGCGUGGCAGGCGCUGCUGCUCUGGCACAACUGGCGCAAGACGGCGCUCUUCUUUUGCCUCAUGUUGACGCUGCUCCUGGACAUGGCGUCCAAUCCGGUUAUCAGCGUGGUGAGCGUGGCCGGUGCGAUAGCCAUCUCCAUAAGCAUUUGCUAUUCCUGCUAUGUGUGGGCCAUGCGAAAGCUGCGUAAGAGUAGCCUAGUGGAGCAUCCUUUGAAACGCUAUCUGGACAUGGAUGUGACGAUUUCAAAGGAGGCCGCCGAGCAUCUGGCCUAUAUCCUGGCCCUUAAGCUCAAUCCAAUACUGUUGCGCUUGCGCUCACUGUUCCUGGUCGAAGAUCUGCUCGACUCACUGAAGCUUCUGAUGAUGCUUUGCGGCCUUAACAUUGUGGGCGACUAUGUCAAUGGAAUGACUAUCUUGGUGCUGGCUUUCGUGCUGCUCUUCACGCUGCCCAAACUGUACGAAUGGAAGAAGAAGACCAUCAACAAGCAACUGCAACAAUUGCAACUAUUCAAGAACCAGCUACUGACCCCCAAGAGCAAGAUCAACGCGGUACCAACUGCCACGGUUGAUCCACAGGUUAUGGAAACAGAUCUUAACCAGAAGGCCAACUACAUGGACAAUGAGCUCGACAAUAACACUGGACAGUUUAUAUCCUUUGAGCAGGACAGCGGGCAAGACUAUACAUCCGAUCACAGCUGGCAGACCUCGGACACGCACAUUGAGGGUUUCCAGCACAUCAAGCAGUCGUAAUUAUCUAACCAAUUCUAAACGCGUUUGUCAAACAGAGGCUCCCAAAACGUAGGCUAUCGAAAUAAAUUCAAAUUCUGCGUCAAA